CGGGGGGAGAAUGGCAGUUGCGGCGCUGCUUCCCCGGAGCCGCCGUCGAGCCGGAGCUGCGGAGGAGGAGGAGUUCGGGGAAGCUGCGGUGGGGACACUCGCCCUCCGCUACCCGCGCCCCAGCCGACAGGAGCCGUGGCGGGGCUGAAGGGGCCUCCUUCGCCUUUCCUCCGGCUUCUCCCUCCGCGGCGGGGACAUGGGCCUGCUCGCCCGCCGCCAGGCGCCUCUGCAGCUCUGAGGAGUUAAAGGACAUCCAUGAUAUAGUCUUCUAUAAACUGAACUUUUUCAAGAAUUCUCUGAGGGAGCCAUGUUGGAUUUUGUUACAUCAUGACUUAAUCUGAAUGCAAGAACAAGAAAUAAGUUUUACUUCUAAAUAUAAUGAAGGGCUGUGUAUAACCACUGGCCCUGACUAAAUUCUGAUGAGUAUUUUAGACAUGAGUUUACAUCGGCAAAUGGGUUCAGAUCGUGAUCUUCAGUCUUCUGCCUCAUCUGUGAGCUUGCCUUCAGUCAAAAAGGCACCGAAAAAAAGAAGAAUUUCAAUAGGCUCUCUGUUUCGGAGGAAAAAGGAUACUAAACGUAAAUCAAGGGAGCUAAAUGGAGGGGUGGAUGGAAUUGCGAGUAUUGAAAGUAUACAUUCUGAAAUGUGUACUGAUAAGAACUCCAUUUUCUCUACAAAUACCUCUUCUGACAAUGGACUAACAUUGAUCAGCAAACAAAUUGGAGACUUUAUAGAGUGUCCUUUGUGCCUUUUGCGGCAUUCUAAAGACAGAUUUCCUGAUAUAAUGACCUGUCAUCACAGAUCUUGUGUGGAUUGCUUACGACAGUACCUAAGGAUAGAAAUCUCUGAAAGUAGAGUGAAUAUUAGUUGCCCAGAGUGUACUGAACGGUUCAAUCCCCAUGACAUUCGUUUGAUACUAAGUGAUGAUGUCCUAAUGGAAAAAUAUGAAGAGUUUAUGCUUAGACGGUGGCUUGUUGCAGAUCCUGACUGUAGGUGGUGUCCAGCUCCUGAUUGUGGAUAUGCUGUGAUAGCAUUUGGAUGUGCCAGCUGUCCAAAAUUAACUUGUGGGCGAGAAGGCUGUGGAACAGAGUUCUGCUACCACUGUAAGCAGAUUUGGCAUCCAAACCAGACCUGUGAUGCUGCUCGGCAGGAGAGAGCCCAGAGUUUACGUCUAAGGACUAUCCGUGCUUCAUCCAUUAGCUAUAGUCAAGAGUCUGGAGCAGCAGCUGAUGAUAUAAAGCCAUGUCCACGAUGUGCUGCUUAUAUAAUAAAGAUGAAUGAUGGGAGCUGUAAUCACAUGACAUGUGCUGUCUGUGGUUGUGAGUUUUGUUGGUUGUGCAUGAAAGAAAUCUCUGAUUUACAUUAUCUAAGUCCAUCAGGUUGUACUUUUUGGGGAAAGAAACCCUGGAGCCGAAAGAAGAAGAUCUUAUGGCAGCUGGGAACCCUUGUUGGUGCCCCUGUAGGAAUUGCUUUAAUAGCUGGCAUUGCUAUUCCUGCAAUGAUUAUUGGCAUUCCUGUGUAUGUAGGCCGUAAGAUUCAUAAUCGAUAUGAAGGCAAGGAUGUUUCAAAGCAUAAGCGGAAUCUGGCAAUAGCAGGUGGUGUGACAUUGUCUGUAAUUGUGUCUCCAGUAGUAGCUGCAGUGACUGUAGGUAUUGGUGUUCCUAUAAUGUUAGCCUAUGUCUAUGGCGUAGUUCCGAUUUCACUCUGUCGAAGUGGAGGUUGUGGAGUCUCAGCAGGCAAUGGAAAAGGAGUCCGGAUUGAAUUUGAUGACGAAAAUGAUAUAAAUGUUGGUGGAACUAACACAGCUGUAGAUACAACAUCAGUAGCAGAAGCAAGACACAAUCCUAGCAUAGGAGAGGGAAGUGUUGGUGGUCUGACGGGCAGUUUGAGUGCAAGUGGAAGCCACAUGGAUCGAAUAGGAGCCAUUAGAGACAACCUGAGUGAAACGGCAAGCACCAUGGCUCUGGCUGGAGCUAGUAUAACGGGGAGUCUGUCAGGAAGUGCCAUGGUAAACUGCUUUAACAGGUUGGAAGUACAAGCAGAUGUACAGAAAGAACGGUACAGUCUAAGUGGAGAAUCUGGUACAGUCAGCUUGGGAACAGUUAGUGAUAAUGCCAGCACCAAAGCAAUGGCAGGAUCCAUUCUGAAUUCCUACAUCCCAAUGGACAAAGAGGGCAACAGCCUGGAAGUGCAAGUAGACAUUGAGUCGAAGCCAUCCAAGUUGAGACACCACAGCGGCAGCAGCAGUGUGGAUGAUGGCAGCACUCCCCGAAGCCAUCCUGGCACUUCGUCUUGCAGCUUGCCAGAAGGUAAAUCCAGUACAGCCAAAUGGUCCAAAGAAGCUGCCGCAGGAAAGAAAUCCAAGAGCAGCAAGUUGAGGAAAAAGGGGAACAUGAAGAUCAAUGAGACCAGAGAGGACAUGGAUGCACAGUUGUUAGAACAACAAAGCACGAACUCGAGCGAAUUUGAGGCUCCAUCCCUCAGUGACAGUAUGCCAUCUGUAGCAGAUUCCCACUCUAGUCAUUUUUCUGAAUUCAGCUGUUCUGACCUUGAAAGCAUGAAAACAUCUUGUAGUCAUGGGUCCAGUGAUUAUCACGCCCGCUUCGCUACUGUCAGCAUUCUUCCUGAGGUAGAAAAUGACCGUCUGGAAAACUCCCCCUAUCAGUGUAGCAUUUCUCUGCUCACCAAAACUGCUUCAUGUUCAGAAGUUCCACAGCAGAAUCCUAUCACUGAAGAACACGGUAACAGUGGAAUAAAACCUAAUGCUGAUCUAUAUUUUGGUGAUUCACUAAAAGAAACAAACAACAACCACUCACAUAAGACAAUGGAAUUAAAAGUUGCAAUUCAGACUGAAAUUUAGGCCUAUAAAUGCUGCAAAAUCAUUACCACUGAACAACCUUGUUUGGAGCUGGUUAAAUGUAUGUGACUACUUUUUCACAUUACCAGCAAAAGCCAGGUUUCAUCAAAAUGCAGAUACCUUUUCUGUGUUCAGCAAACCAUUGUGUUUCAUGUGGAUCUUAAUCACCAAACUAUGAAAUGAAGGCUUUAAAGUGCAUUAUUAGGAAAAUAGUACAUCUUAAGAGUAAAGCAUGUUUUGUGUGCUCACAAAACAUUCUUGAUACUAUAGCUGUGUAUUUAGAUAGAAAUGUGGCUUAAUUUAUAAUAAGUACAAAAUACUAAUGCAGCUCUACAGCAUUCUUACAAAGAAAACUUGAGGCUUUGAGAUAAGUGGUUAGUGACAUUUUAUUGAAACCACUAAGGGAUGUUAUUCAAAAUAACCAGGCAGGUUACUCAAUAUGUGAUACUCUCUGCAACAUUUCUAUUCAUAACUGGGCUUAAAUUUCAUUUUCUUCAUAUGUAAUGAGAAUAUAUAAAGCUUGGCAGCCUAUUUGCAACCAUUUGGAUAUAUAAGAUACUUUGAGCAAGAUUGUGGCAGUUUUUGCACAACUUUGAAAUAGAAAUACCUGGUAAUAUAUAUGUGUGUGUAUAUA